AUGAGGCAUUGCCCGCAUUGGUCUUGCCGACUCCGUAAGCUCGGAGAGGCUGAGCGACGAGACGACCCAGUCCAGCAGUUCGUUUUCGAGCUGAAGUGUGACAACCUUCCGGCUCAGAGCCCUUUGUAUAUCCUUGCAUCCGCCCGACGCUUCGCCAAGGCCGCUUAUGACCGGCUUGAUCCAGCGCGUCAAAGCGCCUUCGAUGAAAUUGUGGCUGACUAUGAGAAACGCGGCUGGUGGGUGAGGUGCUCUGAGGAAGACUUGAAGUCCGCGAAAGAGCAUAUUCUCGAUCCUGCUGUCGUGUUUAUGGUACCUGGCGGAGAGAAGCGGAAGGACCGCUUGGUAGUAGAUCUGAGAAAGGCCAACAAGAGAUUUGAUAAAGGAUCUGGUUCGGCCACAACGGUCUCGCUGUGUAUUGCCACAGCCAGGCUCUACGGAUCUGGUGUCUGUUGGGUGUUUGAUGCGGCUAAGGCUUUCUACAAGCUAAGGUGGGUAGGUCUUAUGGCCGUAUUGUUGGUCAAAAAUCUCAUAUUCUACAGUAUGAGGUGUAUUUUUGGUGUCACAACGGGCCCUGGGAGUCUGCGGCAUACACUGGGUGCACUCGUGGAUGAGUUCCGCAAGAUACUCCGGGUGACCAUGCUCAUGAUGUGCUUUGCUGAUGAUGUGUUCUGUGGCAGCAUCGAAGGGGCUAUUGCGGUGUGUUCGCUCAUUUGGCUGCUGACAAUGUGCGGGCUUGCCAUCACUCAGAGGAAGUUCCAGUGUAUGGCUCUCCGGCAGUGCAGGGAGCGCGUAUCAAAGCAGCUGGAUGCGGCCAGUCUGCCUAGAGAUCUCUUCAAGUGGUCUGACUCCGUGGAGCUGCUUGGGUGCUCAUUGUCUUUCGAUACAUUGAACGCACAGCCUCUAUUAGUGGCAUCGUGCAACCGACAGGAUAGGCUGAAGGCUGCCGGCGCCCAGGCAAGCCAUCUUUUGGAUGCCCUGCGCUCGGGAACUAUCAGUGGAGACAUUUCGAAGGGUUACAUUUUUUCUCUCGGUGGUAACCUAUCCUAUGAUUGUAUGGGCUGCCAUGCGAUAGACAGGGUCGUAGCGGAUGCUCUUAGGAGUUGGUUCGCAAGGAUAUAUGCCUCGGAUGACUGGGCAGUCCCCUGCGACCUCUCGAAGCUUGAUGAACUGGGUCGGGCUACCGGUAUCUUGCUGGCAGAGUGGGCUAUCGAGCUGGCCCAACAGUCCUCGCCCUGUCAGCAUACGACUCCAGUGCGAGAAGCCAAAGACCCUAUCCGUUUGGAGGUUGCCUCGGAUGCAUCAACCACUGGAGCUGGCUACACCAUUAGCAUUGUGGACGUCUCUAGAGGAGAGGAGAACUCCCAGCGGUUUUUGUUGUCGUCGGGUGCGUGGCGUUUCACUUCUCAACAGAGGCAUUACCACAGCAAUCGCCGCGAGCUAGCGGCCUGUUGUAAAGCGGUGCAAGCGGCUGUGGACAUUGUAUCCCACUUCGGUGAGAGCUGUGCUGGUCCGCUACCGAAGUUAGAGUUCAUUAUAUGUUCGGAUAACAGACCCACGGUAUCAUGGCUGCAGGGGCGUGGAUCGAUUUCGCGCUCGUCGCUGGAGCGUAGGGCAGUGAUUCGCACUCUAAAUGCAUUGAAGGAUGAGAUAGACCAUCUAAAAACCAUUACUCAAGGCUCAGUGACGGUGAAGCAUAUCGCGGGGCAAGAUAACCUUCUGCCUGACGAGCUGAGCAGGGUGUUUGACCGAGUCAUCUCGCUACCUUCGGGACGUCGCCUUUCGGUUGCGGAUGCUUUACAUGGAGAUCCUGAUGAUGUUGCUAACUGUCCCGACCUGUUUGCGGAGCCAGAAGGGUUGGCAAUGGGCGUCAACUGGCUCAUAACCUCGGAGGAAUGGAGCGGUGGGGUAGAUGUAGAGGGUGAGGUAGAUGUGUUCUCGAUUUUGGCUGCCUUCCCUACUGAAGACCGAAUGAGAGGCUACUCUUGCUUGGUCGACAAGAACGAGGAGAAACGAGGUUCUAUUCUCCAGACGUUGUGUGGAGACAACUGGGAUAUUCAGAGCGUCUUGGCGGACUUCUUGUUCCUGCGACGUGUUCUUCAGGCUUUAAGGCCCGAGGGGAAGGGAAAGACUGAAGAGGAGUUGGAAGACGCCAACGAUUACUCUUUCGUUCGAGCAUUGCAAGAUGGUAUGGCGGUGCCUCCUAUCAGGCCAUCUGGUCCGUACAUCUUCGACGAGCAAAACGGAAUUUAUCUAUUCAGGAAUGGAUGCCCCGAUGGCGGUUAUGUUCUGUUGCCGGUUGUGCCGCAUGAGGGGGCGCAUUGUAUGGCAUUCCGCUCCAAGUUGCUCUUCGAUGCUCAUAGGGCUUGUAGGCACGGCUCGGUUGGUAGCACGGUUGGCAAUAUAUAUGACAAGUUCUUCGUGUCGAAUAUUAGAGCGGAGGCGCGGCGGUUUGUGCGAAGUUGCUUUCCAUGCCAGUUGCUAAGAGCUCGGAGGAGUUGGGAUCAGCUCCCGGGCGGUGGUCCGGAUCGCAACGAGGCAACGAAAUGGGAGCCUUAUAGAGAGGUCUUUAUUGAUAUUCUAUCCUUGGGUGAUAUUCGGGGAUACAAAGGGUCCACUAAGGUUCUCACGGUCUAUUGCCUCUACACAUUCCAUUCCUGCUGGGUUCCUGUUGGGGAUUCUAUGAAAGAUAUAUUAUCGGCGCUCGCGAGGGUCCAAACGGAGCAGGGCGGUUUGAGUGUGAUAUGGAGUGAUCAAGCAUCGUAUUUCCGGAGCUCUCGUUUUUCGGAUGACCUCUGGAGGGGCUUGGGAGCCAGGAUUAAGCUACUUCCGGUCCGCUCGCCAUGGAAGAGCGGCGGCGGGGAACGGAUGCAUGGUCUCGGCCUCCGAGUAGCCAAGACGAUCUUAAGAAGUCAAACUGGAUAUGUGGGUCGACGACGGUCACGGCAAAAAUCUUCUAUAGAUUUGGAGGAGAUUUGCAGGGAGGUGACCUUCUUGUUGAAUACCAGACCGUUAGAUUUCUCCAAUACUAAUGAACCUUCUGGUGAGUGUAUGAUUAUUACUCCGGACUUGUUGGCUAAGGGUUUCACCAGAAAGAGAGGCUGCCUACUGCCGUCGCCUUCCUCCUCGAUCUCCAUUAGCCGUCGCAUAAAGGCUGCUCGUACUUAUUUUUUGACUGAUAUGUUUCGGAACAUGAGACUGUCGGUGGCAAAAUCCAUGGGGUUUGCUAGUUCCCGUGGAAGGGUACUAGAGGUCCAUGUUGGCGAUCCUAUCCUUAUUCAUCAUCCGGAGAAGAAGCUCAGUCCCGGCUUUAGAUUGGCACAUGUUGUGGAGGUCUUGAAGGAGGGUCGGUUGAUUCGUGCCAGGUUUACGGAUGGGUCUGAGGCUGAUCAGCAUCAUUUCAAUGUCGUUAAGUUGUUACAUAACCCCGAACUGUCGCAGCAGAGGGGGCGUGUAAUGGAUUAGUUGCUGCUCCCCUUUGCGAGUAUGCGUGCGGUAUGGUGUGAGCGUGCGUGCAUUCGUACGCAAGCGUAACCACGAUUGCUCGGGUGGAUUUUUUCCCUUCGUAUUGAGAAGAGUAGUAACGAUGAUUCGUCAGUUCGUUCUUACCUGU